AUGAGCUCAGAGUCAGGGAGAGGCUCAUGGCAGGCGAGGCCAGAAGACUACAAGGAGACGUUCAAGCGUCGAAAGUACGACGGUGAAUUUGCUGACCCAUGUGCCGAAGCUAGCAAGGCUUCUAUGGAUUGCUUGAACCGCAAUGACUACGACCGAGACAAGUGUCUCGACUUCUUUCGGGCGUAUAGGCAUUGCAAGAGUGCAUGGAUGGAGCAGAGGAAGGCUGACCGAAGAGCGGGGAAACAGAUAUAUAGCACUCCUCCGCGAGAGUGA